AUGGCCGACUGCAACACUGAAGAGCCCCCAAACCCAGCCAGAAACCUCAGCAUUAGUAAGCGCAAGAAGGCCUUCCGUUUCGUACCGUCGAGUGACAUUAUGCUGCUCAAAUAA